CCGCCUCUGGUUAUGAUUAACCCUAGCAGACUGCAAGGAUUCCACGAGUAAGGAGAGCUGUAUCGGACUCGGUCUUGUCAGUGUUGCCUAGUUCUUCGAUAGUGCGCCGACAACCAUUCAUGGCAGCCCGCGGUGCAGAAACGCGCCCACUAACCGCCAAGGUUUCUCCGGCCCCGCCGAGACCGAGUUUGAGUCCUUCCGCCGCAGCAGUCCUCGAAUCUGCUGCUGCUUAUGCUGAUAGACUAACGUUAGCUCGGUCUUGGAUGGAUUCUACUUUAGUAAUGAACUCCACUGAUUCCAACUUUAACCACAAAAUAGGAAUCCCGUGUGUAGCUGCUACCUCUCGAUACACAGCACCUGUACACAUUGAUGUCGGAGGAACUAUAUACACCUCUUCAUUGGAAACUCUCACCAAACAUCCAGAUUCUCGCCUUGCACGAAUGUUUAACGGAAGUAUUCCUAUCGUCUUAGACACGUUAAAACAACAUUACUUUAUAGACCGAGAUGGAAAGAUGUUCCGUCAUGUUUUGAACUUUCUUCGAACCAACACACUUCCGAUUUCAGAAGACUUCAAGGAGCAAGAUCUCUUACUGGAAGAAGCCAGAUUCUACGACAUACCUCCACUGGUAAAAAUGUUAGAGAACCUCAAGAAAGAUCGUCAUCGUAAAAAGCAGAGUAACAACUGUCAUUCCAAUUCCAACGAUAACCACUAUGAUGAUCGUCGAACGCCUAAUAAUGAUGAUAAAAGUACUGACACGGGUUUUCAGUGCAUGGCCCUUAAAAUUAGUCCUGAUCUUGGAGAACGAAUAACAAUCAGUGGGGAAAGGUCUGUAGUGGAAGAAGUUUUUCCUGAGAUUAGUCAGGCGCUAAUGGACGCUCGUAGUGGAGUAGCCUGGAACGCAGAUUCUAAACACGUCAUCAGAUUUCCGUUAAAUGGCUACUGUAAACUAAAUUCACUGCAAACAGUUUCACGUCUUUUGAAUAACGGCUUUAAGAUCAUGGCAUCCAACGGAGGUGGGGUAGAAGGGCAACAGUUUAGCGAGUAUCUUUUCGUCCGAAAAUAUUACCCCCUUUGAAGUUUGAAUUAAAACCGGAUCGAAAACUUUGAAAUUCGGAUUAGGUCUCAUGAUUUGGUUAUACCUUGAUGAUAUAAAACUCUGAGUUUUUAUCAAUCAGUACUGUAGAUGAUUUCAAUGGUGCUAUCAGAAAGGUCCUAACUUAGGACCUUGUUUUGUUCAUUUAUCAUGAUAACUAGUAUAGGAACUAUUUAUACACGUGUGUAAGUUUCAAUGAUAUUUUUGACCUUCACAAAUAGUUCCUGCCUGAUUAAAUGUCUAUCUGUCGUCAGAAGAAGAUUCGUGUGUGUUUUAUGAAAAUCUUGACCAAGCAAGCCAUAUCCUUCAGAGUUGUU